UUUUUACUGAGAGUCGUAUAGGAAUCUAUAAUCUAGUACUUUCCAAAAUACGCCGAGAGUAUUCCUGAUGGUGAAACGAGCGUUGCUUCAUCGAACGCAGCUAAAGAAAACAACAUCUAUGUAGUUGGUGGUACGAUGCCUGAAAUAGAGGGCGCUAAAUUGUACAAUACCUGUACUAUUUGGGGUCCCGAUGGAACUUUGAUAGCAAAACACCGAAAUGUACAUCUAUUCGACAUCGACAUUCCUAAUAAGAUUACUUUUCGAGAGAGUGAUUCACUCAGUCCUGGUAACUCCCUAACGACGUUCGAUGUGAAGGGCUGCAAAAUAGGUAUUGGCAUUUGCUAUGAUAUUAGAUUCGAGGAAAUGGCACGCAUUUAUCGGAACAAAGGUUGCCAAAUGCUGAUAUAUCCAGCGGCAUUCAAUAUGACCACUGGACCACUGCACUGGUCAUUACUUCAGCGUUUCAGAGCGAAUGAUAAUCAAUUAUACGUUGCCUGCAUAUCACCGGCUCGUGUUCCUUAAGCAAGUUACGUCGCAUGGGGACAUACACAGUUGACCAAUCCCUGGGGAAAGAUUCUUUACGAUUUGGAAACUCAAGAGAAUAUGACAGUCACCGAUAUC